GGCAGCAGAGCGGUGUAUCCAAUCACAAGCGCGCUCGGAGUGACGUCGGAGAUGUAAACAAACAGAGGCAGCGCGGCCAUUACAGUCAGAGUCCGCCAGAGUUCAACGUUUGAGCCGCUGCCGUCGAACAAACCGGGCUGUCAGGUCUGUGAGAGGAGGGACAUGAAAGACCCGAGCUACAGCAGCAUCGCCCCGAAAAUGACGAUCAGCAACGAGGUGAUCCUGAGCAGCCAGUUCCCGUCCGAGGACGACCCGUUCGCUGAGUACCUGUGGAUGGAGAACGAGGAGGAGUUCAACCGGCAGGUGGAGGAGGAGCUGUGGGAGGAGGAGUUUAUCGAGCGCUGUAUCCAGGAGCUGCUGGAGGAGGAGGAGCAGUGGGAGUGGUUCAUCCCGUCCAGAGACCUCCCCCCUCAGACGGUGGCUCAGCUGCAGGAUCAGAUCAGCCUGCUGGUUCUGGACGCCGACGUCGUGGUGAACAGCAGUCUGAACCCCAACGCCAAGGAGUUCAUCCCGGGGAUCCAGAAACACGCCAUGUGACCCCGCCCCGGCCCCGCCCCCUCCCCCCAGUCCGCACUGUGACGUCAUCAAGAUGUCUGCCGUAUUUUCCAGUUGCCACUCGACCUUCAGACUGACGUGUUGCCAAAGUUCUGCGUCGCCUCGCAUGUGUUCAGAGUCCUGUUACUGCAGCCCCCCCCCCCCGACUGAUCACCUUCACUUUAAGGAACCCGUUUGUGUUUCGACCCUCUGAUCCACAUUCUGAGUGUUUAUUUGCACUUUUAUAAAAACCUAAAAACAAGCGUUGUGUUCGGACGUUCUGUAGAGUUCAGAGCCGGCUGUUUUGGUCUUUGCAUUUGUUGUCUGUGCUUUUCCCAGCAUCCUUUGUGUGUUUGGGUCCCUGCUGACCCUCCGAGCCGCCUCAUUAAGCGUUUUGUUUUUUUCUAAAGGCACAUAAAGUACUGUAUAAAAAGUCAUAUAAAGCAAAACGUUGUAAAAAAAAAAGAUCUAUUUUUUCUGAAUCUAUUUGAAAAUAAAUGUUUAUGGAGAAAAAGUCUCA